AAAAAUCUGACAAUAUAGUUGAGCCAGAAGAUAAUGAAGCUAAUGAAGAUGAGGAUGAGGAUGAAUAUAAUUCAAUUAAUAUAAACAAAGAACACACACAUCUUCCGUCUUAUAGAAAUCGUUCGUUUGGUAUAGGAAUACCACAAAGACUUCACCUCCCACUUAUUUUUCUAAGAGGACUCAGUCUAGUUCCUGCCAUUUAUGGGCUUUAUUCAAUUUCAGAUGCUAAUAAUAUAGCAGAACGAAAUGCUGGUGGUAUCUUUGAACUCAGAAGUACUGAAUUAGACUACUGGCUAGGUGCAAUGUGGUGCUGUGUUGCUGGUAUUUGGAGUUAUUGGUUAGCUGAUGGGUUAAUGCAUAGAUGGCUUUUUUAUUACGAAGUCAGUAGUGCAAUUAUUCGAUUGAUUUCGUUACAAGCAAUAAAUUGGGUUAUAACAGCUUUAGUAAUCUCACAUUAUGGACCCGAUGAACCAGUAUGGUCAUGGCUAGUAUGUAGUUUAGUGCUGGCAGUUAGUAACAUUAUUCAAUGGUUAUUUACAUCCACCACAAAAUAUCGUCGUCACCACCACCAUCAUUAUCACAAGAGUAAUAACAAUGACACGCAGGAAACGUGGAAAUCAACAUGGCGGGAAAUUUUAAAAUAUAUUAUAAUUCCACUUGCAAUCACAUCAUUUAUCACAAUGAUUUUCCUAUUGGAACAACAAUCAAAUUUCCGAUACAAAUCAAAAUAUAGUCACACUGGUGUUGUUAAUGGUGUUAGUAAUUAUUAUAAAUUGAAUACUAAUUUGACACUUGGUGAAAUUCGUCCAGAUGCAAAAGUUAAAGUGAUAAUGUUGGUAUUCUCAUCGUGGACAGAAAGUGGUUAUCGUAAAAGACAAACAUUUCGUGAAACUACGGUAAGAUUAAUACCUCAUAGUUCUGAUGGUAUCUCGAUUUCAUAUAGAUUUAUAUUAGGUGAUGCUCCAUCAGCUAAAGCACAAAUGAACAUGGGUCAUAAACUUUUGGCGGAAUCUGAAAGAUAUGGUGAUAUUGUUAUUGUCCCAACUUCCGAUACAUAUUAUGAUCUUAGUCAUAAAGUUUAUAAAGGAUUUGAAUGGACUUCAAAAUAUUCUUUUGAUUAUAUGGUCAAAACAGAUGAUGAUAUUUUUGUACGAAUGGAUACUGUUGCUAAAGAAUUGGAAGAAUUGGGACCUGGUAAAAAAUAUUAUUGGAGAGGUUUAGGAUAUUGGUAA